AUGUCUAUUAUGGAUUAUAACGGAGGUACUAUCAUCGCCAUGACUGGCGAUGAAUGUGUCUGCAUUGCAACGGAUCUGAGGCUGGGUGAGCAAAUGACAACCAUCGCUACCAAUGUGAAGAAGGUGAGUUUUUGUCAUCCAUGAUCAAAAUGCUUGUUGAUUGUUUUUUUGUGUUAGAUUCUUCAUCAGAAAAGAUGUUUGUAUAUUUUUUAUACCCAGCUCUAAAUAGUUCGUCGUUUUAGAUCCACAAAGUAGCGGACAAGGUGUACGUUGGUCUCCCCGGCUUCGCUUCCGAUGCCCAGACCGUCUUGAAUAAGAUCCUCUUCCAAAAGGGACUCUACGAACUCCGCGAGAACCGAAAACUCCGUCCGGAGGUUGUUGCCACCAUGGUCUCCAAUCUGCUCUACAAAACUCGCUUCGGUGGUUACAUUACCACUCCUUUGGUCGCUGGUCUCGAUCCCAAUACCAACAAACCCUAUGUCUGUGGAAUGGAUACCAUUGGAUGUAUUGGAAACCCAAGAGAUUUUGUUGCCGUUGGAUGUGGAGCUGAAUACGCUCUUGGCGUCUGCGAAAGUAAGUGAUUAUAUUUCUGGAAAGGAUAUCGAAGGGUAAGUGCGAUCUGAACUUGAUCCUUUUUGCGCAGUAGACUCGUUGUCACAAUGAACAGGGGCCAAAUAAUUAUUUUCCCUUUUGUCUAAUUUUUUUAAUUGAGCUUCAGGCUUUCAAAUGCGCUGAAAGUUUGAAAAAGCUUGCGAAAACCGAUUUUGCUGGCCGGGUUUAUUGUCGUAUAUGUAUAAUGAAUACGGAUGUUAUGGAGAAGUAAUAUUUUGUGCUAUUUCUGAUGACAUUGUCAAUUCGUGUUCUUUCUGGCAACAAUAUAAAAAAAUUAAAUUUUUUUUUUAUAUGAGACCUUGUCUAGUUUUUGUGACCCAGAUUGAUCCAAAUUAAAUGCGCGGAGUGUAUAUUGACAUAAAUUGUUGUUUACAUCCAUAAUUUAAUUUUUUUCAGGCUUCUGGAGAGAGAAGAUGGGUCCAGAAGAACUCUUCGAGGCCACAGCGCAAUCCAUGCUCUCGGCCUUGGAACGCGACGCUUCUUCUGGAUGGGGAGCCCUGGUUUACACCAUCACCAAGGAUAAGGUCAACGUCAAGUCGAUCCGGGCCCGAAUGGAUUAA